AUGUGUUUCACAUUCACCAGUAGUUCACAACUACAUCAACAACAACAAGACAACUACCAGAUAUUGGCAUCUCAAAGGUCUAAGUUUGAAAGUGAUAGCAAUUUAAGUCAAUUGGAUUCAUUGCUCAAAGGCUAUGAUAGACGAGCACUUCCUACCAGUCAUUUAGGUAUACCAACUGUAGUCGAGUGCGAGAUAUUUAUCCGAUCGAUUGGAUCAAUAAAUCCGGAAUCCAUGGACUACGAGGUCGACCUAUAUUUGCGUCAGAGUUGGUUUGAUGAGCGGCUCCGUACCGGCAACGGGUCGCGGGCUCUGGACUUAAACGACCCGAAGUUAGUUCAGAUGAUUUGGAAACCGGAAGUCUUCUUCGCCAACGCAAAGUCAGCGGAGUUCCAGUACGUGACGGUUCCCAAUGUUUUGGUCAGACUUGAAACCGGCGGCAAAAUACUCUAUAUGUUGAGACUUAAACUGCGUUUCUCAUGUAUGAUGGAUCUGAUCCGAUACCCAAUGGACUCUCAGAUAUGUGCCAUUGAAUUGGCCUCAUUUUCAAAAACAACGAGUGAACUGAUGCUGAAGUGGUCGGACAUAUCGCCCGUCAAAUUGUAUGAUAAGCUAAAGUUACCGCAAUUUUUGAUCACUAAUGUCAAUACAACACUCUGUAAGGAAACAUUUCAUAUAGGAGAAUACAGUUGUCUUAAGGCUGAGUUUUAUCUGCAACGAGCACUGGGCUAUCAUUUGGUUCAGUCGUAUUUGCCAACCAUACUAAUUGUUGUCAUCUCGUGGGUGUCAUUUUGGUUGGACGUUGAGGCCAUACCGGCCCGAAUUACAUUAGGCGUUACCACACUAUUAACUAUCUCAUCAAAAGGGGCCGGUAUUCAAAGUAAUUUGCCGCCCGUUUCAUACGCCAAGGCUAUCGAUGUAUGGAUGGGUGUCUGUACUAUAUUUGUGUUUACAGCACUGUUGGAAUUUACUUUGGUUAACUACCUGAGCCGGAUAAAGGCUAAAAAACAUCAACUCAAAUCAUUUCGAUAUCAAGAGUCAAAACAAAACAACUCAUGUAUUGCUGAGACAUCGAUGGUUGAGGUAAAUAAGCAAACAUUAAACAGCGAUAAAGUCGAAUCAAAAACCGUAUUGAAGUCGAAAUUAAAUCGAAAUAUGAAACCCGAAGACAUAGAUAUAUUUAGUCGGGUUUUAUUUCCCGCAUUAUUCAUAUUGUUUAAUAUGUUUUAUUGGCCAUAUUAUCUGGUUAUUAUAGCACCGUAA